AUGUCUGAAGAAGAAUUGAAUAAAUUAAAACGGAAACGCGGCUUUGUAAGAGCUUCGGUGACAAAGAUAAUUACUAAAAUCGAAACUGACAUUCUAAAACCGGACAUAAGUGUGGAAGAUCUCGGAGAAUCACUCGAACUUUUUGGCGAAAAAAGCGAGGAAUUAAAAACUAUUGAUUCUCAGAUUGAGGGCUUAAUCAAAAUCGAGGAUAUGGAAGAGAAAUUUAACUGUAUAGAAGAAGAUUGGGAAGCCGAAAAAAUUAUUGAACCCGUUGAUUCAGAGGAACUGACAAAAGAUAAGGGUCAUUAUUUACCGCAUAGACCAGUAUUUAAAGAGAACUCCACAACCAAAAUCCGACUUGUUUUUGAUGCGUCUGCUAAGGAAUUAAAUUCUGUGUCGCUGAACGAUUGCGUUGAGAGAGGGCCGAAUAAUUUAGAACUGAUCACCAAACUCAUUAACAGAUUUCGUCAGGGAAAAUUUGGGGUAAUAUCGGACAUUCGUCGAGCUUUCCAACAAAUAAACGUUGCUUCCUCAGAUAAGAAAUUUCUGCGGUUCUUAUGGUGGGAGGGAGGUUAUCCAGGGAAACUUAUUGUUUAUUCACAUUGCCGUGUAGUUUUCGGCGUAAAUGCCAGCCCAUUUUUACUCGCCGCGACUAUAAAUUAUCAUUUAGAGAACGUAGAUGAAACCAAGAGAGGCAUAGCUUUAAAACUUAAAGAUUCCAUUGAUGUAGACAAUUGUGUUGCAAGUGUGAACACUAUUGACGAGUUAAAUUCUUUCAUUACGGUGUCUAAAGAAUUAAUGGCUUCAGCACAAUUUGACCUAAGGGAUUGGAAACAUAAUCGGCCAGAUAGUGAUGAGGAAACCUCAAUUUUGAACUUGUCUGGAGAUAACUAUAAAGAAAUCAUUUCAGUAUUGGGCCUUAAAUGGAAUUUAUACAGGGAUACUUUAUCUUGUGAGAUAAAUGAGGAAAAUCAACCCAUUCCGAGUAAACGAAAUGUAUUAUCUAUUUUAAGCCGAAUUUUUGACCGUAUUGGGUUUACAAGUCCUGUCACACUAGUUCCUAAAUUAAUCUUGCAGGAAUGUUGGAAUGAGAAAACUAAUUGGGAUACAGGACUUCCGGAUAAUCUGAGGAAUAAAUUUCUAAAGUGGGCUAAUGAAUUAAAAUAUCUGAAAGAAAUAGAAAUCCCUAGAAAAACACCUGAUCUAGAUGAAAAUUCUACUCUGCAUGUCUUCGUAGACGCGAGCAAAUCGGCUUACGCGGCUUCAAUUUUUAUUAGAAAUGUUAAAGGGGGAAUAGUUAGCUCUCAACUCUUACAGGCUAAAUCCAAGGUAGCACCUCUAAAAUCGAUAACAAUUCCUAGAUUAGAAAUUCUUGCGUGUACCAUUGGAGCCAGGCUCGCUUACAAUUGA